GAAGAAAUUUAAAGAUAGGGCAAAGGAAACGUGACUAGUGGUUGAAAAAUCUUCCAUGAUAUGCCUUUCUUAAUUACCUCCAUUUUUAUCAUUAUUAAUUUCGUGCUACUGCUAUAACAAUAACAUUGGUUGAUGAUGAUAAUUAUAAAAUUAAAACUAUACCAUCUAAAAUCAGUUUUCGUUCAUCACCAUCAUCACCCCUUUGCCAUGCACCACAUCAUCAUAAUUAAGUUCACAAUCCUUAAACCAUCAAUCUAUGUUGUAAAUAUGUAGACAUCCUCAAGGAAAAUGGUGUCCUAACCCCACAAAAAGGUCCCCACCCUCCUAAUUCACCACGUCAAAGGCUUCACCCCUUUUUAUUCUUUUCUUAGCCAACGGAGCUAAUCAAACACCAAAACCAACCCACAAUCUGAGUCCUCAUCAGAGACACACACCCCACAAGCGCCGAGGUCGCCAACUCUUUAUUACUCCUCAACAUCUACCACCACCCUCAGCAGGAGGAGGAAAUGGUGCUUUCUUACAAAGAAUGCCUCAAAAACCAUGCAGCUAGCUUGGGUGGACAUGCCCUGGAUGGUUGUGGAGAGUUCAUGCCUACCCCUUCUGCUACCCCAACUGACCCUGCCUCCUUCAAGUGUGCUGCCUGUGGUUGCCACCGCAACUUCCACCGCCGUGACCCUUAUGAUGGCCCUGCUUUCAUCCACCGCCUCCCUCCCCCACCUAAUCCUAGCUCAAGUCCAAGCCCGACUCAUAGCCCAGGUCCAAGCCGUACCCCACCUUCACCUGUGCCAUUCUCUUACUACUCUUCUGCACCGCACAUGCUGCUGGCCUUGAGCACUGCCUACUCAGGGCCAAUGGAUGAGUACCAUUAUCACCUCAGCAACUCCAAUCCUUCGGUGUCAAGGAUAAACAACAACAACCCAAGUGGGAGAAAGAGGUCAAGAACAAAGUUCACUAAGGAACAGAAAGAAAAGAUGCAUGCUUUCGCUGAAAGGCUUGGUUGGAGAAUGCCAAAGGGUGAAGAAAAUUUGAUACAAGAGUUUUGCUAUGAAGUUGGGGUUAAUAGAGGAGUUCUCAAGGUUUGGAUGCACAACAACAAGAACACUUUUAGCAAGAAAGAGCUAUUAUCAGUUGGAAAUCUCAAUCUUCACGACAGCCAUGACAACAACAACAAUAUUGAAGAUAAUGGAAAUGCUCUUGAUUCCAAUAGUCACAUGCACAACAAUGAGGAUAGUAUUCAGCUUCAUAUUUCUACUAAUAAUGGGUCUUCUACAUCUUAAUUUAGAAAAGACAAGAAAAAAAAAAAACUACUGAAUUUGAAAGAAAGCAGCAGACAUAGAUGGUGUUUUUGCUGCUCUUUUACAUUUGGGCCUUAACUUUUUUUAUUUUUUCAUUUUGGUGAUUAGUAAUCUAAUUACUGGUGAUGGCAGAUGAAAGAAGGAGAGAACAGAGGAUAUGACUUGUGAGGAUAACAAUUAAAGAGAAUUAUUUUGUCAUUGUUAAUUCUAUCUGUUAAUUGAUAUUUAGACGUAUUAUAACAUAAA